UCCCAAAGCUCCUGAAGAAUUAAUCAAUCUUACUCCAUCAAGAUGGAAAUUGGCGCAGCAGUUAUGAUCGUUUUAUUAAUAGUCUUGACGAUCCAGAUGUUCCAAUGUAGACCAACACAGGAACAGAAUAUUCGGCACAACAGAGUCUUGAACAAUGCUCUGUCUAAGCUCUAUAAAUUGUUAAAUCAAAGAACCAGUAGUCCUAGCAAGUUUUCAAGAUUUAUAGAUUCAUCCAAUGAAGGAACUAUUUUUCAGUCUUUGGAUCCCCUAAGUGGAGGAAUCGUCGUUAAAAGGUCACUAAACAGUGUAAAUGAAGAUCGCUCUGGCAGAUCCUUAUAUACUUUAAUUGGAGGGACUGCUGUAAGACCAUCAGGAUCUCUAAGAGAUGGCUUUGUUGUAAGACCCAUGGAUACGUUAAAUCGAGACAUCGUCGUUAGGUCACUGGAUCCUCUAAAACGUGAUAUUAUCCCCAGAUUCGUGGAUUCCUCAAUCGAAAGUACUGUUAAUAGAUUUUUGAGUCCAGAAAAAGUCAUGGUCAAAUCACAUGUGAAAUCAACAACGUCUUCAAAUUUCAAAAUACAUCCAUCAGGACCGGGGGAAAAUAUAACAUCUCCAUGGAAGAUUGUCUCGAACUCCUCCAGUGAAGACAUUUUCUAA